AUGUGGACCUUUCAAUCUAUUUCAAGAACAUGUACAAACCGAGAAGGUUUUCAGUUUCUCAUGGGAUUGAAUGAAGCGUACUCUACUGUACGUACCCAGAUCCUUACAAUGGAGCCUCUUCCUAACAUUGGGAAAGCAUAUUCCCUUGUUCUUCAAGAAGAAAAGCAUAAAGGUCUUCAUCUCAUUCAAACCAUGUCUUCUGAUACAGCUGCUUUAGCUGCUAAUCAUGGCAAUUCAACUCAGGCUGAUGCUGGUUAUCGUUCCAAUAGUGGACAGAAUCGAUCUGCUACUACAGAUACCAAUCGAUUUUGUCGACGUCCUUAUUGCUCACAUUGCAAUAAACAUGGGCACACUCGGGAGACUUGUUAUGAGCUUCAUGGAUAUACUACUGGCCACUCUAAGCGGAAUGCCAAUUUCCGAUCCAAUCUCAUAAGAGACAAUCAUGUCCACACGGUUGCCUCUGUUGCUCCUUGCACCGAGACCUCAACAAUACCAGCAGCUAAUGUCAAUCCGCCUUCCCUACCGCCUCUAACACACACAAUACCAGCAACUUCUAUCAUUUUUUAA